AUGGAGGCGGGCCUAGAGGGAGAAAGACUUCCGGCACAAGCCGCAGUUGUCGCGUUUGUCCGGGCGGAUGGCGGCUCCUCUGCUUCACACGCGGUUGCCCGGAGAUGCGGCCGCUUCGGCCUCUGCGGUCAAGACGCUGGGCUCGUCGAGGACCGGGCUUUCAGACAUGCUCACAUUAGAGAAUGAUUUCUUCAGUUCUCCCCCAAGAAAAACUGUUCGGUUUGGUGGAACUGUGACAGAAGUGUUACUGAAGUACAAAAAGGGGGAAACAAAUGACUUUGAGUUGUUGAAGAACCAGCUGUCAGAUCCAGAGAUAAAGGAUGACCAGAUCAUUAACUGGCUGCUUGAAUUCCGUUCCUCCAUCAUGUACUUGACGAAAGACUUUGAGCAGCUUAUUAAUAUUCUGUUGAGAUUGCAGUGGUUGAAUAGAAGUCAGACAGUGGUAGAGGAGUAUUUAUCCUUCCUUGGUAAUCUUGUAUCAGCACAGACUGUGUUCCUUAGACCAUGUCUCAGCAUGAUUGCUUCUCAUUUUGUACCUCCCCGAGUGGUUAUUAAAGAAGGUGACGUAGAUGUUUCGGAUUCUGAUGAUGAGGAUGAGAAUCUUCCUGCAAAUUUUGACACCUGUCACAGAGCCUUACAGAUAAUAGCAAGAUAUGUCCCAUCCACACCAUGGUUUCUUAUGCCAAUACUGGUGGAAAAAUUUCCAUUUGUUCGAAAAUCAGAGAGAACAUUGGAAUGUUAUGUUCAUAACCUACUCAGGAUUAGUGUGUAUUUUCCGACCUUGAGGCAUGAAAUUCUGGAGCUUGUUGUUGAAAAGCUACUCAAGUUGGACGUGAAUGCAUCCCGGCAGGAUAUUGAGGAUGCUGAGGAAGCAGCAGCUCAAACUGGUGGUGGAGCUGAUGCCACAGAAGCCCUGUUUAACAUGGAUGAAGAUGAAGAAGCUGACCACGAAACCAAGGCUGAUCCGGGAAGGCUCGAUCAGAUGGUGCAUCCUAUGGCUGAACGCCUGGACAUUCUGCUGUCUUUACUCUUGUCCUACAUUAAGGAUGUCUGCUAUGUGGACGGUAAGAUUGAUAACAACAAAACAAAAGAUUUGUAUCGAGAUCUCAUAACCAUCUUUGACAAGCUCCUGUUGCCCACCCAUGCCUCUUGCCAUGUGCAAUUUUUCAUGUUUUAUCUCUGUAGCUUUAAAUUGGGAUUUGCGGAAGCAUUUUUGGAACAUCUCUGGAAAAAAUUGCAGGAUCCAAAUAAUCCUGCUAUCAUCAGGCAAGCUGCUGCAAAUUAUAUUGGGAGCUUUUUGGCAAGAGCUAAAUUUAUUCCUCUUAUUACUGUAAAAUCAUGCCUAGAUCUUUUGGUUAACUGGCUGCACAUAUACCUUAAUAACCAGGAUUCAGGAACAAAGGCAUUUUGUGACGUCGCUCUCCACGGACCAUUUUAUUCAGCGUGCCAAGCUGUGUUCUACACUUUUGUUUUUAGACACAAGCAGCUUUUAAGUGGAAACCUGAAGGAAGGUUUGAGGUACCUUCAGAGUCUAAAUUUUGAACGGAUAGUGAUGAGUCAGCUGAAUCCUCUGAAGAUUUGCCUGCCCUCGGUCGUUAACUUUUUUGCCGCAAUCACAAACAAAUACCAGCUCGUCUUCUGCUACACCCUCAUUGAGAGGAACAACCGCCAGAUGCUGCCCGUUAUCAGAAACACUGCUGGGGGCGACUCGGUGCAGACGUGCACGAACCCACUGGACACCUUCUUCCCCUUCGAUCCUUGUGUGCUGAAGAGGUCAAAGAAAUUCAUCGAUCCUCUUUAUCAGAUAUGGGAAGACAUGAGUGCGGAAGAGCUUCAGGAGUUUAAGAAACCCAUUAAAAAGGAGGUGGUUGAAGAUGAAGAAGAUGAUUUUUUGAAAGGUGAAGUUGGAAUUACACCGAGCUCCUUUGACGUGCAUUUCCGCAGCCCUUCAAGUAGUGUGGGCUCCCCACCUGUCUUAUACCUGCCGGACCAGUCCCCCCUGGUCACACGGAUUUGUGACUGAGGCUGACGUUCCUCCCGUAGUACCCUUCAGUACUGGCCUUCAUACUGUCUGAGUGUUUCUUUGAACUCGAGCGAGUACAUGCUUCAGGCAUCUUACUUUCAAGUUAGACUUACUCUGGUGUCUGAACAGAUGUGGUUGGGUUUUUUGUUUUCUUCUUGUUUUCUUUUCUGUUUUGUUCCUGUGGAGACUAAAGGAAAAGACAGAGUAUCAUGUGCAAUAUUUUUACAGUGGAGUUGAUGAUAAAUGUUGAAAGCUUGGCUCAUACUUACAAGACUUUGUUGACAUGAUAUCUUUUCACUGAACAGUCCUCUAGGACACUCUUUAAAGUCUUCAGAAUGAGUUUAACUAUUUUGGAUACACUGUGUACCCUCUGCUUAAUUGCAUUUGUGUUCUGGAGUUUCAGUGAGGUGCAGGGAACAUAGGAGGACAGAUGGGGGAGGUGGCCAGGGCUGGUCCUGGAUGCUACAGGUUGGAGCUGGCGCUGAAGGAGAUCUCCAAGGACUUCAGAAACCAAUAGACGCCUGGAGGGAAGAGAGAGAGGAUUUAGAGAAGCAGAAUCAGACAGAUUGUACAUUUGUGAGUGUAAAAAUGGAUUUAAGAGGAAAAAAGGAGUUCUGGGUUAAUGUAAUUCACAUUGACUAAGAGACGGGUUAAACUUUUAUAAAACACAGUAUUUUAUCUUGAGGCUCCCAAGAGUGCUGUUAGAACUGGAACUACUUGUUCGUAGUGGAAUGUUAUGUUGGUCACUGAGAAUUCCUUUGUCCAAAAGUGGGGGAAGAGAGGGGAUUUUAGGUUAUUUGAUGGAAUGGUUUUGCUAGCAACAGGAGACCAGGGUUACAACGCAGUCCCUGUCUACUGGCUAUUCAUCGUAUCAUGAAUUCCAGCUCACUGAAAUCUUCCUCUCUUGAGUCUAUUUUUGUAUUUUUAUAACCAAACACUGAGAGAGAGGAGGCUAAACAACAUUGCUGCAUAACAGACUUACGCAAGCGCUGCUAGAGUCAUUUUGAAGCUCCUGCAUAUUUUAGCUUCAUUUGUUAUCUGUGUACUUUUUUGUUAUUUGUGAAAAUGGACAUCUUUAAAUAUAUUUAUUUUUCCGUCACUUUUCCUAUUCUUUAUUUAAAGUUAAGUGAUAUUUUCUUGAUCACAAAUAUUUUAUAAUGAAAUACUUUUCUCUUUCCUAGGGCUUUGUAUGCUCUUGUAUAUUACAUUGAUGGCAAUGUAGACUUUGCAGUUUCAGUCUGUAAAUAUGUUUUUGAAAAACAAAUUUUUAUUGUUUUAAAAAGGUUUGGAUAUUGGUGAUUUUCUUUUGGUGACUUGGUGGAAAGUCCUUUGAGGGCCUUUAGGUUCUCUUUUUAACUGCUGACAAAAAGAUGGGAUUUUUGUAUAGUGCAUAAAAUGAGUGAUUGGAAACGUGUCCAUAGAAAUUAAUGGUGAGUGGAGUCUUUGUGGGUUGGGGAGUAGUUUUAAUGUAGAAGGAUAUAUUUAUAUAGAAAUCUAAAGUUUCAGAGGAGUUGGAAAAAAAAAUCUGUUGUGAGAAUAAAACAGUGACGUGGUUAACUUGGAACUUUUUUUCUUACACUCUCUGAGCUCCAUUUUGAAAAUCAAAGUGGAAGUUAAUAACUACUUCAUGGUUGUGAGGAUUUGAUGAACAUUCAUGUAAAGUUGGUUGUUUCGCCACCUUGGGUAAAGAGAGAUACCCCGAUAAAGAGGCUUGUCACACAAAUGUUCUUUUGAUUUCUGUGUUUUUUUUCUCAAUUGAUCUACUGUAUUAAAGCACCAUUUUGCAAUAGAAAACUGAAAUUUAGACUUUACUAAACUGAUAUUUUAUUAAAGAGGCAAAAAUAA